AUGGAAGCAAAGAAGAAGAAGGUUACAAAGGGAAGCAACUUCUGCUCAAACUCUCUUCCUGUUGAUCUCAUGAUAGAGAUAUUCAGACGAUUGCCGCUGAAAACCCUAACGAGACUCAUUUCCGUAUCUAAGCUAUGGGCUUCAGUCGUCCGCAAUCGAGAUUUCAUGAAUUUGUUCUUGAAGGAGUCCUUUAAUAAACCGAGAGGUCUCGUCUUGAUGUUCAGAGAAUAUCCUGUUUCAAACUUGUCAUCGGAACACCCAAGAUUUGAAACACACGAAUCAUCUCCUUCUAAUGCUUCUUUAGCCACUUACCACGUGACUUGCCUCGCAAGGCAAGACACGUUUAUUGCUCCUUCCUCUGUUCACGGUUUGAUUUGCUAUAGAUAUGGCUCUACACUCGGGAUAUAUAACCCGUGCACUAGACGAUCCAUUACAUUGCCCAAACUCAAUUCAGAGAGAACGGUAUUGAACCAAGACUUAGGGUUUGAUCCCAUCGACAAUGAUUAUAAAGUGUUGUCCGUCACGAGAGCAGCCACUAAGCCAAAAGGCAACACACGAGCUUUAGCUAAGGAAAUGUGGGUUUUGACAUUGGGAAGUGAGAUUUCUUGGAAGAGGUUUAACCAAGAAUAUAUUCCACGUCACUCUCCUAUAAGUCAAGACUUGUGCAUCAAUGGUGUUUUGUAUUAUCGAGCAGUUACUGGCUCAAAACUAAAGAACUCAGCCAUCAUGAGUUUUGACGUCAGAUCGGAGAGACUCAAUCUUAUCAAAGCCGAGAAACUUGAUAUUACCAUAAGACCUCGCAAAUUUCGCAAUUUCUCAAAGCUGACGUGUUAUCUUCUUUGA